UUUUUUGUUUAAAAUCGCCUUGGCUCCACAAAAAAACAAACAAUAACAACAUUAACUGACAUAAAAGAAUAAUCACAAGUUGAAAAAUAAUUUAAAGAAAAUCAUGAAUUUCCCUCAUCACAAUAAUUAUCCCAUGGGUUCUCUCUACGUUGGUGAUCUUCACCCAGACGUAACUGAAGCGAUGCUUUAUGACAAGUUCUCAGCGGCUGGCCCCCUUUUAUCGUUAAGAGUAUGCAGAGACAUCGUCACCCGAAGAUCACUCGGUUACGCUUACGUUAAUUUUCAACAACCCACCGACGCCGAACGCGCAUUGGACACAAUGAACUUCGAUUUGAUCAAAGGUAAACCAAUUCGAAUUAUGUGGUCGCAACGAGACCCCUCGUUAAGAAAAUCAGGCGUAGGAAAUCUUUUUAUUAAAAACCUCGACAAAAACAUCGACAACAAAUCGAUGUACGAUACAUUCUCCGCAUUCGGAAACAUAUUAAGUUGUAAAGUGAUGCUCGAUGAAAACGGACUCUCAAAAGGUUACGGUUUUAUUCACUUCGAAACCGAAGAAGCCGCAAAUAAAGCUAUCGAGAAGGUAAAUGGGAUGUUAUUAAACGGGAAAAAAGUUUACGUUGGGAAGUUUAUUCCACAAAAGGAACGAGAAAAGCAAUUAGGUGAAAAGGCGAAACUUUUUACAAACAUUUAUGUGAAGAAUUUCGGUGAGAUGACCGACGAAUCGUUAAAAAAUGUUUUUGCUAAAUACGGUAAAAUAACUAGUUGUACCGUAAUGAAGAAUAUGGAUGGUUCUUCGAAAGGUUUUGGAUUUGUUGCGUUCGAAGAUCCCCGCGAAGCUGAAAAAGCCGUUCGAGAACUUCACAACAAAGAAUUAAACGGCCACACUUUAUACGUUUGUCGAGCUCAGAAGAAAGCGGAACGUCAAAACGAAUUAAAACGUCAUUACGAACAACUUAAAUUGGAACGUUACAAUCGUUACCAAGGUGUAAACUUGUUUAUUAAAAAUCUUGAUGAUGACAUCGACGAUAAUCGUUUAAGAAAAGAAUUUAUGCAAUAUGGUACGAUUACUUCAGCUAAGGUUAUGACUGAAGACGGGAGAAGCAAAGGAUUUGGUUUUGUUUGUUUUUCAUCGCCGGAUGAAGCGACUAAAGCUUUAGUUGAGAUGCAUGGCAAAAUGAUGGGGAGCAAACCGCUUUAUGUUGCUUUGGCUCAACGCAAAGAGGAUCGUAAAGCUUAUAUGGCUUCGCAUCUCCAACGCAUCCGCAUCCAACCCAACAUUUAUCCAUCAACCCCACCAUUUUUAAUGCCAACCGUUCCUCAAGGACCGAGAUUUUAUAAUCACGUGAACCAUAUCAGAGCCACACCCCGUUGGUUAACUUCCCCAGCGAUUCGUCCCAAUGGAACUUACCCAACAGCUGCAAAUAGUUUAUACAGAGUCAGCUCAAGACCUUCCGUUCAAAACAAUAAUGUAAGAAACACCGUUAUCACCGCAAGACCAAUAACCGGUCAACAAACAACAACCCAUGCACGACCAAACAGCAAAUAUACAGCGAAUAGUAACCAUAUAAUUCGCCCGAUUGCUUUGGCUUUAAAUAAUAGCGGCGAUAACGUCCCGUUGAGCGCAACAACUUUAGCUUCGGCAACACCGGAGGAUCAAAAACAAAUGUUGGGGCAACGUUUAUUCCCGUUUGUUGAAAAAAUGUUUCCGGAUUUAGCCGGAAAAAUCACCGGAAUGUUAUUGGAAAUUGAUACAUCUGAAUUAUUGCAUAUGAUUGAAGAUCAAGAAUCGUUGAGGGCGAAGAUUGAAGAAGCCGUGGCUGUUUUACAAGCGCAUCAAAGCAAAAAUGUUGGAAUCGUUCAGGAAUAAUUAUUAAUUCGAGGCAAGAUUUCGAUUUUGGUGGAGUUCGUUUCUUAUUUCGUUUUUAAUUUAUUGCUAUUUUUUUAAAUUUACCCCAAUUUCACACAAGUUGGCAGUUUUAUCUUAACAACAAAAUCCAAAAAAAGAAUCGAGAACGAAUUUACGAUAAGAAAAUAAACCUUAGUUUUUAAAAAUGCUCGAAUUUGUGUGAAAAUUGUUGUUUUUUUUUGAUGAUAUACGUUUU